UCGGCCUGGAGUACAUGAGCUGCGGGGACUUUUACACCUACCUACUGAUGAAGGACCAGCUUGACAUCCCCAGUGCAAGAUUCUAUGCCGCUGAACUCGUCUGUGGAAUCCAAUUCCUGCACUCAAAGGGCGUCAUCCACAGGUAAUUACACUUUAAUUGUCUGUUCCAGGGUUCACCCUAAAGUCUAACAUCAAAAUCAGCCAUUUGUCACAAAUAUCUAAUUGUAGGAUCAACUCUCCAACAAAUAAUUGUUUUAUAUUUAACAGAGACCUGAAGCCCGAGAACAUCUUGGUGGCUGAAACGGGCCAUGUAAAGAUCACUGAUUUUGGUCUCGCACUUGUCAACAUGCAUGGAGACCGAACAGCCACUUCAUACGCUGGAACAAUCGGCUACAUAGCUCCUGAGAUGCUGGCUAGGAAGGAGUAUAACGCCGGAGUAGACUGGUAUUCUUUCGGUGUCAUCUUGAAAGAAAUGGUUACCAGUGAUUGUGCGUACCAUCAGACAAUCGAUGAUGCAUCCUCCGGCAUUAAGAACAUCAUUAGAAAGCUCCUUCGGAAAGAUCCUGCCAGACGCUUAGGAGUGAAUGGUAACAUCAGAAAGCACCGAUUCUUUCAGCGUAUGGACUGGGUCUCUGUGGAAGCCCUAGAGUUGCCUCCACCAUACACACCUGAGCCAACUGAACCUCAUCAUCGUCCUAGACCAUUCCAUCUGGACAAACUGGAGGCAGCAGAGGUCAGAACACCUAUUUCAGCAGCGGACCAGGCCUUGUUCGAGGGAUUUUCUUUUUGUCAACUUGGAAACCCUUGAUGAAACACCAGCUCCAUAGUCACCAGAGCAAGCUGCCCCCUGAGCCUCUGGAAGAGGAAGAUCAAGUGAAGAAGAGGAGACUGGACAUCACUGCAGUGAUCUACAGGCAGGUACUGCAGGAAUGAA